CUGCAGCCUGAAACUUUAGCACACCUCCGCUGUGUAAUCCGGAAUGUCAGCACUGUCGCUUGUACCAACCGCACGGUGUGACGUUCACCUGCUGGUAUGAGUCAAGACACAAUACGAGGAAAUCCCCAAGGCCGAGAAAUAGACGAGAGGCCCCUUUAAAUCGACGCUUCCUCGGUGCUGUGCCAAGGGAGAGAGAGAGAGGGAGGGAGAAGACUGAUAAACAACAACACUGGUCUCAGAAGCCGCUUUUACCGGAUUCAGUGAUACUGCGGCCUCGUAGGGAAAGAGGCUGCGAGGACUUUCUCCCUGUUCUCUCCACAAUUUGGUCGUCUGUUGUUCAUACAUUCAUUGUUUAAUGCCAUUGCGGAAGUGAGAAGCUUUCCGACACGACACAAGGCUUGAGCAGUGCUGACAUCCAGCGGCCGACCAAGAGAACUGCUCCUCCAGCGGAGAUGUACGGAGCUUCAGGGAUCCCAGAGCUCAUCGCGCCCAGCGGGCCGCCGCGACAACCCGGCCCGGCAGGACAGUUCAACCCGGGACACCCGCAGGUCCACGGGGGCGGGGCCAACCCGCAGAGACUCGGACAGAGGGCUCCAAAGCUGGGCCAGAUUGGACGCACCAAGAAAGUGGACCUGGAGGACGAAGACUUGGAUGACAUCAUGAACAACAACGGCCAGUGUCCUGUCUCCUUGUCUCCUAUCUCCUAAACUUCACCGAGAAGUGCCAAACAAAAAAAGAAAAGAAAACCCCUUGGGACGCCAAAACUCCCCCCAUCAGCGAUCUCGGCCUUGAGCUUGUGACGUGUCCUGAAGACGCCUCCGAUGGCUGAAAAGGCACGAGAAAAAAGCAGCUCUCUUAGCGCCAGCUGAAGCCCUUACUGUAAAUAGUUUAUUUAACUUAACUUUGUCAGACUGUGAAUGAAAUGUGUUGCAUCACCCUCUACUCUAUACCUCGGUUGGCUGUAGGACAUCAGGAAUGAUCAGGAAUGGGGAAGAUUUGGAGAAAGUGUGUUUUUUCAAAGCUUCUCAUCAAAGGGCUACAUUUCUAAAGUUGCACUGAGCGGGUUUUAAGGGGAAGGGUGAGGGAACAUGCCUGUUAAUAUGUACCACACAGGUGAAACGUUAAGCUUUGGUUGUGCAAUGACUAUCACUCUCCUCUCUCACACUGAUGAUGCAAGUGGUGUCCUGUUCUCCAGCAGAUAGAAGCUCGCUCUCUACAGAAAAACUACUGCUAACUAUUUAUUAUCAAAAAAACGGAGAGGAAACUAUUCGUCGUGUUGUUAUGGCUGCUUUGUGUUUUUUAAACUUGUUUAUUUCUGGAUCAGAAAUCUAUAACUGAGGUUUAUAUUGUUUCCAAACGGUGCACUUUGUGGGAAUGCCUGUUAUGUGCAGUGAUAUGUUGCAGACUUCUAUGCAUGGACUCUGUUAAAGCAUCAAACACGUAACUGGUAUCCUUUUUUAUUAAGGGCUAUGUAGUAGUAUAUCACGCCACGCCGCCGUUACUCCACUGAGGUGGUGCAGAGUCGGCGUUUUUCAGAGCACGUUGUGGGCUUUGGAUGCAAACUCGACAAUUUGAGACGUUUGUUUGUUUGUUUCCUAAAAGUGAGGAGGAGGAGGCCCGACAGCUGUGAUAUAAAAAUGUACAGCUGUAAAUGUGUUGAUGAAAUUGCCAAACAGUAUCUUCUGCUGUGUCAGGUUGGUAACAGAUUCUGAUUGGCCGUUGAAGAAAUUCUCAUUUUGUAUUUCUAACAGCAGGGGAGUAAAGUGGCUUUGAACGCCACCCUGGAUCAGGUGAACUUAACUUCACAGUGUGACAUCAUGGAAAGAAGCUCUCAUCGCUCAGACAAUCUCUACACCGGUGUUUUGGUGGAUUUGAAAGAUUGCAGUGGACUCUUGAAAUGACGGGUUGUGUGUGAAGGCUCAUGCUGAUGAUGUCGUGUUCUUUGGCUGGGAAAUUGUUUAUGGGUCACUUUUUGUUCUCGCGUCAUGGAAAAACACUGUAUCUCACUGUCCAGCCUCUGACUCAGGAGGUUGUUGUUCAGGUUGUGGUUGAACAUUUGCAUGGACGACUUUUCACAACGCAUCUCUGGAAAUAAAAGAUGAAUCCUGCUCUUUUAUGUUCACUGAA